CUCCAGUCCCACCCCAGCUGGGACUGCAGCUCCAGUCCCACCCAAGCUGGGACUGCAGCUCCAGUCCCACCCAAGCUAGGACUGCAGCUCCAGUCCCACCCAAGCUGGGACUGCAGCUCCAGUCCCACCCCAGCUGGGACUGCAGCUCCAGUCCCACCCAAGCUGGGACUGCAGCUCCAGUCCCACCCAAGCUGGGACUGCAGCUCCAGUCCCACCCAAGCUGGGACUGCAGCUCCAGUCCCACCCCAGCUGGGACUGCAGCUCCAGUCCCACCCAAGCUGGGACUGCAGCUCCAGUCCCACCCCAGCUGGGACUGCAGCUCCAGUCCCGCCCCAGCUGGGACUGCAGCUCCAGUCCCACCCCAGCUGGGACUGCAGCUCCAGUCCCACCCCAGCGGGGACUGCAGCUCCGUCCCACCCAAGCCGGGACUGCAGCUCCAGUCCCACCCCAGCUGGGACUGCAGCUCCAGUCCCACCCCAGCUGGGACUGCAGCUCCAGUCCCACCCCAGCUGGGACUGCAGCUCCAGUCCCACCCCAGCUGGGACUGCAGCUCCAGUCCCACCCCAGCUGGGACUGCAGCUCCAGUCCCACCCAAGCUGGGACUGCAGCUCCAGUCCCACCCAAGCUGGGACUGCAGCUCCAGUCCCACCCCAGCUGGGACUGCAGCUCCAGUCCCACCCAAGCAGCAGCAGCUGAUUGGGAAGGCGCUCAUCUCUGUGAAGCGCCUGGAGGCGUUUCUCUGCAUCCCCACGCCACCCACUGCUGCCCCCCUCGCCUCUGCCUUCGCCCCCCCCCCCCACCGCCUCAUCCCCUCCCACUGCUCCUGUUCCUACCACUCCACCUGCCGCCAGCAGCACCACCACCGGGUAUCACAACUGCAGUCUGCUGCGCUCGCUCUUCCCCUUUCUCCUCCGCCUCCCCUCCUCGCCCCUGCCCCGCCACGCUUCCCCCUCCCCCUCGCCUCUCACAGCCCCCCUGCUGCGCCCCGCCCCUGCCCUGGGGGUGGUGCUGGGGGGGGUGCAGCAGAGGCUGCUCGCCUUCCACACCCCCUUCCUGCCACAGAUACCACCUGUGCAGCCAGUCCGUCCCCGCCACUAGCAGUGCACAUGUGCGGGCUCAGCUUCUCCUGGCGUGCUCCCGCCACCGCCACCAGCAAGGCUGCCAGCGCGGCGACUGGGGAAAGUGUGGAAGAGGACAGUGCAGCUGUGCAGGAGGGCAGUGGAAGCAGGUCCACAAGAGGGAAUAGCAGAGGGAGCGGCAUUGCUUUGCACUGCAUACGCCUGGACGUGCCAGAAGGGGCUGUCGUCGCCAUCGUGGGCAAGGUGACCCCCUCCCUCCCACCAUGCCCUCUCCCCGUGCUCUCACUAUUCCAUAUUGUAUCUACGCUCUCACUAUGCUCACAGCAGCUGUACUACUUCACGUGCCGCCUACACCAUAAGCGUCCCCUCCUCCUGCAUGUCACCAUGCUCAUCUGGACUCCUGCUUUCAUGCUCUCUCCUAUCCCGCCUCUUCCCGCACGCUUGCAGGUGGGCAGUGGCAAGUCGUCACUGCUCGCUGCAAUCCUGGGAGAGAUGCAACCCGUGCCAACGCACACCAUGCCGUGCACACAUGCACAUGGUGCAGCAGGGCUUGGAAAUGCGCGUCCACAUGGCGUGCAUCGCUCGCCCCGCUCUGCUGCUGUCCUGCAGCCGCCCCUCACCUGCUCCUUCCCCGCCCUAACUGCUUCUCCCCACCCUCCCUGCUCUGUGCACCAGGAGCCGUGGGUGUUUGCAGGCAGCAUUCGAGACAAUGUGCUGUUUGGGGCGCCAUGGGACCCCAUCAGGUACCAGCAGGUGAUGCAUGCAUGUGCACUGCACGAGGACACGGCAGCCAUGGCAGGGGGCAACGAGGCCGGGGUGGCGGACAGAGGGCUCACCCUCUCAGGCGGCCAGCGCGCCCGCCUUGCCCUCGCCAGAGCGCUCUACUCCGAUGCCACCCUGUUGCUGCUCGAUGACCCGCUGUCAGCGCUGGAUGCCCGCGUGGCACGCCACGUCAGCAACGCCGCCCUGUUCGGGCCAAUCGCCAGAGGCCGCACCAUCCUGCUCUGCACCCACUCGCCCCCGGUACUCCCACUCGCCCCGGGUAUACCCACCCGCCCUCCCUUCCAGCUGCUGCUCUCGAAGCCUUGUUCUGCAGUGCAGCGAUCAUCGCUGGUGGUGGCGAUGCAGCACGGCAGGAUCGUGCACGCGGCACCUCCUGCUGCCCGCGUGCCCGCUCUCAUGCUUGGGAAUCGUGUCGUGGAUAGUGAUGAUACAUGCAUGAAUGAUGGCGAAUGCAUGGAUGCAGACACAUGCGGUCUGCUGGUGAGGCUGCUGGGGGAGCAGCAAGGGGAGCAGGAUGAGGAGAAAGGGGGGCAGGAGUGCGAGGGCGAAGGCAGGCAAUGUGGGAGGAAUGGGCAUGGGGAAGGGGAAGGGGCUGCUGCAGCGAGGGAGGAGGCAGGGCAAGCUGAUGGGAAAGUACUGGACUGUUCCACCAAGGAAGGCCAUGGUGUGAGCGGUGUGGAUGGUGCCACUGCUGGUGCUGCCAGUGAGGAAAGCAGGCAGGAGGACGGGGCCCCGUGUGCAGAGGAGCCAGACAGGGAAGGCCGGGGAUGCAGCGGCGAGGGGAAGGGGCAGGCGGGUGCAGCGUUAGAGGAGGAGGAGAGGAGGGAGGCGGGAUCGGUGCGGCUCUCAGUAUACCGGUGCGUGCCGAUGCUCCCCGCCCUCUCUGCCGCCCCUCCCAGUGGUGCAUGCAAAUGCUCUCAAAUGCAAACUCAACACCUCCUGCCAUCAACUCAAGCAGCCGCCCCUGCCCUCUUGUCGCUUUCCCCUCCUUCCCCCGUUUUGUGUCACCCCCAUCUCAGGAGGUACUGUGCGGCGGUGGGGUGGCCGCUGCUGGCGCUGGUGCUGGCGAGUCUGGCGCUCAUGCAGGGCUCUCGCAACGCUGCUGACGUCACGCUCUCCCUUUGGACCGAUGCGGUGCAACACGCCCCCGACUCAGAGGCAGCAACCAACGCAUUCUACCUGCGGCUAUUCACCUUCAUCGCUCUCCUCAACUCACUUCUCACGCUCCUCCGCGCCUUCUCCUUCGCGCGUGCCGGCAUGACGGCAGCCCACCGCGUGCAUCGCGAACUGCUUGCCGCUGUUGUGCGCGCGCCCCUGGCUUUCUUUGAUACCAAUCCCUCUGGGCGUAUUCUCAACCGGUUCUCCUCGGACCUGUACACGGUGGAUGACUCGCUGCCGUUCAUCGCCAACAUCCUCCUCGCCAACUCCUUCAGCCUCGCUGGCAUCGCCGCUCUGCUGCUCUACACGCAGUGGACGUUUCUGCUUCUCCUGCUGCCUCUCACCUACAUGUACUCUAUCAUUCAG